UCUGGCAAUAUUUUCGACGCCUACUAGGGGUCUUGAAAAAACACAUCUACAUGUUCCGUGUUUUACUUCUUUCCCAAGCUUUCAGUAAUUUUGUUUUGAAACUCAAUUAAAGAAUGCCUCCAAAAAAUAAGCAGAAGAAAGUGAUACAUCAAGAUGAACUGCGACGGUUAAUGAGAGCGAAACAAAGGCAAACGAUAGAUAAGAAUCGUGUCGAAUCCCCAUACGCCAAGUACAACAGUCUCGAUCACCUUAGCUGCGUACUCUGCAACGAGCGGGUAAAGAAUGAACUAUUGUGGCAGACUCACAUUCUUGGAAAACAGCACAAGGAGAAAGUUGCCGAGCUCAAGGGGUCUAAACAAAGUUCUACAAGUCAAGGACCCCAGCCCCCGCUGAAAAGGAAAGCAUUUGAUUCUGAAGACACGAAUGGGAAGAAGUCUAAACCAGUGGCAGGUACAGAGAAGUCAUCUACGUCAAGGCUGCCUGAUGAUUUCUUUGCGAAACCUGCCCCGCCAGGGCCGAAGAAACUAACUGGAAUUUUGAAAAAAACGACAUCUGCUGGAUUGAGUCUGCUGGCCGGAGUCUAUGAUGAGGACGACAAUGAUGAAGAUGAGGCUGGUGACCAGGGGGCAGCCUCUAGCUUGGUUGUGCAGAAGGGGGCACCUGCCCCAGGACUCCCACCUGAUUUCUUUGACAACAGCACCAUUCCAGCAGUCCCAGCUGCUUCUCAUUCGGGGUCUAUCCUCAAACCAGAUGAAACUGAGAAGAGUGUGGAGAAGAAGGGAAAUACACCUGAAGCACUACCAGAAGGCUUCUUUGACGACCCAGUGAGAGAUGCCAAAGUCCGUAAUGUGGAUGCCCCCAAAGAUCAAAUGGAUAAGGAGUGGGAAGAGUUCCAAAAGGAAAUGCGGCAGGUGAACACCAAAUCAGAGGCCAUUGUAGCUGAGGAUGACGAGGAGGGUCGUCUUGAGCGUCAGAUUGAUGAAAUUGAUGAGCAAAUCGAAUGUUACCGGAGGGUUGAGGUAUUGAGAGAUAAGCAAGAUAUGGUGAAGAAGGUUGUGAAGGAGAAAACAGAAAACCAGGAAGACUCCAGCGGAAGCGAUGAGGACGAAGAAAAACUUCUCCACUUGUUGUCAAGGGACUGGCGGGCCAAAGGGGCCCUUGCUUAAAAUCCCCGGGGCCUUUCGACCCUAACUUGGUCAAAAGGUUUCUUCAGAUUAUAAAUAAAAAAGUGAAGUUGCAAAGGAAGCCACUUCUUUCCUCCCUCCAUGUCAAUGAUAAACCUUUGUUGAGGAUAUUGAAUGUCUAAAAGUGUUGUCUAAUACAGUUUUUAUGUAUAUAACUUGCUUUUGUGGUAAAUGGUAUUUUUCUACUGUCAGACUGUCGCACAUUUGCAGAAAUCUUAAUCUGUAUGUGAAAUACUGUACUAUCAGCACUCAUUAAAAAAAUAAUUGGGA